CAGACAACACGGGGUGGUACUUAUGCAAUGACAGGUGGCCAUCGUUGAAUGGCUGCUAUACGAAUACGUCUGUCGCGACCUUAUUUGUUUCGUUCUGGAAUUAUAUUGUUGAGAUCGGUGUCGUUUGUCCGGGUGGACGACAUGGCGAAGACUCGGUCGCCUCUUGAAAGUUUGGAGUUCGACAAUGUUGUGCUCAAAAAGCUUCCCUUGGAUCCUUCUCAGGAGCCGGGUGUGAGAAUGGUCAAGGGAGCCUGCUUCUCGCGUGUCCAGCCGACACCGCUCACCAACCCUAAAUUCGUGGCUGUCUCCGGCAGAGCGCUAGCAUUACUCGGUCUAAAUGAAGAAGUUCUGAAAGAUCCACUCGGCCCUGCAUAUCUGAGCGGCUCGAAGGUGAUGCCCGGAUCCGAGCCGGCUGCGCACUGCUACUGCGGACACCAGUUUGGUAACUUUGCCGGUCAGCUAGGUGACGGAGCAGCUUGUUACUUGGGCGAAGUAAAGGCGCCGGCCGACCUAGACCCUGAACUAUUGAAGGAGAACCCCUGUGGCCGAUGGGAAAUCCAAGUGAAAGGAGCGGGGUUAACGCCCUUCUCUAGACAGGCAGACGGGCGAAAGGUCCUGCGCUCCAGCAUCCGGGAGUUCCUCUGCAGUGAGGCAAUGUUUGCUUUGGGAAUCCCGACCACUCGGGCGGGGUCCGUGGUCACCUCUGACUCCAAGGUGGUAAGGGACGUGUUUUACAGUGGAAACCCACGCAUGGAGAGAUGCUCCGUGGUGCUGCGCAUUGCUCCCACGCUCAUUAGAUUCGGCUCUUUUGAGAUCUUUAAGCGGGAAGAUGAGACCACUGGCAGACAGGGCCCCAGUUCUGGCCUUGACGAGAUUCGCACCCAGAUGCUGGAUUACAUCAUAGAGACCUUCUACCCCGAGAUCCAGCAGAGCCACCCAGAUACAGUGGAGAGGAACACUGCCUUCUUCAGAGAGGUGGUGUCACGGACAGCACGCAUGGUGGCACAGUGGCAGUGUGUGGGCUUUUGUCACGGCGUGCUCAACACAGACAACAUGAGCAUCCUGGGGCUCACCCUGGACUACGGGCCCUUCGGCUUCAUGGACCGAUUUGACCCAGACUUUAUCUGCAAUGCAUCGGAUGACUCUGGCCGUUACUCAUAUAAGGCCCAGCCGGCUAUCUGCCGCUGGAACCUGGUUAAGCUGGCAGAGGCCCUGGCCCCUGACCUGCCCCCGGAGCUAGCUGAGGCCGUGAUGGAUGAGUACCUGCCCCAGUACAACUCCUUCUACAUGGCCAACAUGAGGCGUAAGCUGGGCCUGCUGCGCAAGGAGGAGCCGGAGGACGAGAUGCUCAUCACCCAGCUCAUGCAGACCAUGCACAACACAGGUGCGGACUUAACCAACUCUUUCCGUUGCCUGAGUCAGGUGCGCUGGCCAAGUGAGGGCGAGGAGGAGGCAGAGGCUCUGAAGCAAGCUGUUCACCUCCUUAUGGAGCAGUGUGCCUCUCUUCCAGAGCUCAAGGAUGGCAGCAGACCCACCAUGGACCCACGUGAGUUGAUGACGCUGUUGAACAUGGCUCAGAACAACCCUGCGCUGUUCCAGAUGUUGUCCCAGGGCCGAAACCUGACCAAGCAGCUGGAGAGACUGAGCCGCCUGAAGGAGCUCAUGGAGCUCAGUGAGGACCAGCUGAGGGAGAAGCAGCUGGAGGACUGGACCAGCUGGCUCACUCUCUACAGGAAGCGACUGAGGCGGGAGUGUGAUGGUGUGAGUGACGCUCAGGCUGCGCAUGAAGAGAGGGUGCACGUGAUGGACAGCACAAACCCUCGAGUGGUGCUCAGGAACUACAUCGUCCAGAAUGCAAUAGAGGCAGCCGAGAGUGGAGACUUCUCAGAGGUCCAGCGGGUGCUGAAGGUUCUAGAACAGCCCUUCAGUUCCGUGCCAGGUCUGGAGCAGCCAGGUUGGGUGGGCCGAGGAGGGGCCUCAGAGCCUGGAGAGAGGGACGAGCAAGGAGAAGGAAGUGAAGAAGAGGAAGAGGGAGGGGCAGCAAGCUCAGUGGGGGCCCGUGUGCUGGUCCCCUAUGAUGGCAAGCCCCCUGCUUGGGCCCGUGAGCUCAGCGUCACCUGAUCCUCAUAAGUCCUUCCUGACCAAAGGCCUCUGUUGCAACCCACUUAGAGAGAGUCUGUCUGUGUGUGGGUAUGUGUGUGUGUGUGUGUGUGAGAGAGAGAGAGAGAUUUUCUUUUCCUUUUACCCAUGAGUAAUUGAUUCGUAGCUCUUUAUUCCUCUGCUGCAUUGUGGGUCAUCUACCCGUCUAUCUGUUUGUCUCUCUCUCUGUGGGGUCUUGCAUAUUUCGGUCAAAGGUCAAGGAAGGCAUUUGUGUUCUGGAGCUACUGAGUCAAACCAAUGAAGAGAAAGACAGAGAGAGAAAGAGAGAGUUCAUACCACAUUGCAGUGUUUUGUAAUCACAUCACAGGUCUUCAGCAACAUGCAUCUAACCCUGGAAUGAAAUUCAGUUAAUGGUUUCUGAAUGAUCAUCAUGUGCUGACGCCUAGCUGAAAACUGUGUUUACACUAAGCUAGGUGAUGGUGAUGAUGCUGUCUGUGAUGACCUCUCUUCUUUCUGCCCUUCUCUGUCUCGCUUGCCAGCUGGUUUUACAUGAAGUCUCAUUCCUCUAGUCCUACUGGGGCAGGUGUGAGUCUGAACGACCAGGAACCAAACACUUCAAUUUGUACCAAAGCUCUUUGUGUAUGUGUACCAAAGUUGUGUGCGUGUGCGGAUGAGUGCGUGUGAAUGUGUGAAUGUGUGAAUGUGUGUGUGUGUGUGUGUGUGUGUGUGUUUACUCUUCAUUACCUGAUGUCACAACGCACAUAAUUAAAGAGGCUGAUGCCUCUAAGCGCACAAACUUAAUCCUGUUUAACAAUAUCCUAUUUCCCUCACUGUGGUAGAAUUGCUGGACAAAUAUAGAGCCAUACCAUAUAGUUUGCAUAGUUCCUUCAGCAGUGCUGGCAUUCAUAGUGCUAGACAAAUACAUGAAACAAUGUAUAGGAAACUGUCAUUGUUAAAAUGAUCUAAAAAGAUAUUUGGGCUUGGCUUUACUUUGGAUUUUUAAUACAAGGGAGAGGUUUAACAUACACAGUGAUGCGGAUUGUGUGUUAUUCCAGCCUGUUUUUUUUAUUAAAGAGGGAAAGUACAUUAUAUUUGCAUUUGUUAUUCAACAUAUAAACCUAAUAUGGCAGGGAAUUGUUUCUGUGUAUGUUUGCAACUCAUGCAUCCUUUUAAUAAUGAACAGUGCACUAUGUAUUGUGUGUUUACCCCUUCACGACAGCUUACCCAAUAAAUCUGAUCGCAAAAACA